GCUCUUAUGAAACGUGGUUGGAUGGGAAUAAAAUCGUUUGCACAAGGUCGCGUUUCGCUGCUUUAGCAGCAAAGCGGGAUAGAGAGCGCAAGAAUGAGGACCAGCAGAGCCUCACAAUUCCCAAACAAGGAACAACAAAACAACAAGAAACAAACAAACUACUUCUAAACAAUGAGCGACAAGGAAACCAAGUUCUUGGCCCAGUUCGGAGAUGAACUCUGGUCGUCUUCUUCAGGAGAAAUGGUCAAGACGGCCGAUGCUCUGACCGGGAAGAAAGUGAUGAUUUACUUUUCAGCUUCCUGGUGUCCCCCGUGUCGUCGUUUCACUCCCAUGUUGAUCGCCAUGUACAACAAGCUUAAGGAAGACCCAAAGCGAGCCGACACAUUCGAACUUGUAUUUGUGUCUUUGGAUCGAUCGGAAUCUGAUUACAACGAUUAUACUUCCAAAAUGCCUUGGAAAUCCGUCCCCUACAGUGCUCCUGAACCCAUGCGACGCAGCUUGGCCAUGAAGUACGGGGCAGAGGGUAUCCCCCAUUUGGUUGUCAUUGAUGAAACAGAAGAUCGCAACCUCAUCACGUCGGAUGGGACCGGCGAGGUGUCGCUGGAUCCUGAUGGUGACAACUUUCCCUGGAAGCCAAAAGGAUUCUCGGAAAUCUUUCCCAAGCAAUUCAUGACCAAACAAGGAUUGGUGGAUUCUUCGACCAUCGACAAGAAACACUUGAUGUUAUACUUUUCAGCGCAUUGGUGUCCUCCGUGCCGCAAGUUCACACCCGUUCUCGCGGAAGCCUACAAAAAGUUGAUGGAAGAGCGAGGUGACGAAGUGGAGCUUCUCUUUGUCAGCUCGGAUCGAGAGGAAAGCAGCUUUCAAGAAUACUGGGGCACGAUGCCGUUUUGCGCUCUCCCCUACGAGGAGCGAGAUGCCAAAAUGUUGCUAAGCAAGCUCUAUGGCGUCCGAGGUAUCCCCUCCUUGCUCAUUCUGGGGCCUGUACCCGAAGGGGGCGGCGACCGGCCUCUCAUCAACGACAAUCUACGAGCAGUAAUCGAGUCGAAUGACUUUUCUGAGUUUCCUUUCCACCCCAAGCCCUACCAGGAUUUGGCCGUUGGAGCAGACGGAAUCAAUGAGCACAAGUCACUGGUUGUAUUUUGUGAGAACGAAGACGACGAUGAGCAGAAAGAGUUGACUGACAUGGUCAAGACAGUGGCGGAGAAGCUGAAAGACACCGACAUGCGCUUCUUUUAUGCCACCAGUCCUGGCGGCCUCGUCGGUGCCAUCCGCAAGGUGAUCAAAAUUGAAAAGAAGUUGGAUGGUGUGAUCAUGGCUCUUCUGGAUAUUCCCAGUGGAGGAGGGUACCAUAUCAGUGAUGAAACUGAUCUGACGGUUGAGAAAAUUGAAGAGUUUUUGACCAACCCAGGAGAACGCCAGCAAAUGACGCAGUAGAUGGCUGAAUAGCGUGCCCCCCUGGUCUUGUUGGGAAUGAGCGUGACUUAUGCACCGGAGAGGGCGCUCUUGGUAUCAUUCCGGUAUCGUUGCCAGUUGCAUGCAGCCCGUAGAAUCUAUUUGUAUAGAAGACUGGG